AUGGAUGAGACACAGGAGUCGCUAGCCUUGACUGUGCAUCUUCUUGCUGACACUGGGAACGGUUCGUUUCUGCAGCAGGCUCUGGACCAACUCCUGGAUUGCAUCUGCCCAGAGGUGCGUCUCUUCCUGGUGUCUGAACGGGCCAGACCAGUGAAUUACCAUGAGAAGUACCACCCUCGGCGGGCCCGCUUCCCAGGGAUGUCGGUUUUGCUCUUUCUUCAGGAAAGCCUGGGACAGGAGCGGCUGUUUCGAGUCUUGGACUUCCUACAGCAUUCACCUUGGCAGGGUUUCCCUACCCAGCAUGCACAGGGGAGGCCUUGUCCCUAUCUCCCUGCCAACCAGGAAUUCUACAGCCUGCACAACCAGAUGCCAGUGUGGGGCAUGAGGCCGGUGCAUUGUGGCACUGAUAUCCUCAGAGUGACUCUGUAUUGCAGUUUUGAUAACUACGAAGACGCCAUCAGAUUGUAUGAGAUGAUCCUACAGAGAGAUGCCACCGUUCAAAAGAGCAACUUCUGUUUCUUUGUUCUCUAUGCCUCCGAGGGCUUCAGCCUGCAGCUCUCUCUGAAGCAGCUGCCCCUGGGAAUGCCAGUGGACCCCAAAGAGUCUUCUGUGCUGCAGUUCAAGGUUCAAGAAAUGGGCCAGCUGGUGCCUCUUCUCCCCAAUCCGUGUGUGCCCAUCAGCAGCACCAGGUGGCAGACUCAGGACUACGAUGGCAACAAGAUUCUGCUGCAGGUCCAACCGAAGGCAGGACUUGGUGUUAGGAAUGGCGAGUGUUCCUUCCUACAGGGCAGCCUGAGAGGUGACAGGCAUGGGCAGGGUUCCAGGCUGAACUCGGUUUCCACCCAGAGAACCUUAGAGCCACGGAGCCGGAGGACCAGGAGCCGCAGGUUCAAAGUACACUCUUUGGAGCUUCCACAGCCCACUGGGACCUCGGAAACCUGUAGUGACCCUUUGUGGAGAAGCCCUGGCUGGUCCUCCCUGGCCGACAGCACAGCCACAGGCACGCGGCAGCACCGCCUGUCAAUCCCCAUCGAACCUGAGACGAGAAUGGAUGUUCUUAAGGAAAACAGCUCCCAGAAACUCGAGGCGGAGACAAAUGUCGACACCGGCUUCACCAUCAUCAACUCCAAACCCAGACAAUCUUUUCUGAGCAGAUUUCCCCGGGAUUUUCAGAGCAGUCAGCCACCAUGCCGCUUGUCAGGCUCUUCCUUCGAGGUGACUGCUUCUCCAAACCAAAAAGUCUUUAAGGAUAGACUCCGCCCACUGUCACUUCCUGGUCAAAGGGACUUUGGUGCAAAAACGAGAAUCUCAAAAUGUCCUGUCCAGGGUGAAGAGAAAGAAGAAUUCUUUAUAUAGCAUGAAACAAACGUGUUUCUGUAAGACACAAGAUAAGAUAGAAUGUUCUAGAA